AUGGUCUACAAUCAAAUUAAGGUGCAGAUAACUUCACAGGGAAUUGAUAAGCAUGUUUCAGACAGAGGCCUAACUGCGGCCCAAAAGAAGGAAGCACAUAAUAGUCCUCUCAGCAGGGUAAGUGCUAAGAAAACAUCAACCCACUCCCAGGCCUUCACGUGCACUCCUCUGCGAGUCCAGGAGAGGCCACUUACCUCUGCAGGGACAACCUACAAAGACAGAGAUGGGGUUAUACCAGGUGAAGUCAUUCAGGGUCUCUGUGGAAAAUUUCUCCCAAUCCAGCUGGCUGUCUCCAGCCGAAUUGGCCGUGCUGGUGCUGCAAAGGCAGUGAGUGCCAAGGACCAUUCGGGCAGCACCUGGACGUGUCACAGGCCGAAGCAGCCAAGUGGAGAAGGUGGUAGGCAGGAAAAGCAAGUCAUGUUUGCUCUUCCGUGUGUUGUGGGGGAGUGGAGUCAUUGGAGUGGCUGUGCAGAACAGUGUCAUCCCGGUCUGCGAAUACGCAGGCGCUACGUACAACAGGAACCUAAAAAUGGUGGGGAACCUUGUCCGGCUCUGGAGGAGAAGGCUGGCUGCCUGGAAUACCUGACUUACCAGGGGGAGGACUGCGGCCAUGAACAUGUCCCUGCUUUCAUAACAACCUCUGAAUACGGUAAAGAAAGAAAGCGACGAGCAGUAUCUUCUCUCUGGCCUUCAGACAAAGAAGCAGCUGGAUACUGUGUGGAGUUUAGAACAGAGUCACUUUCACACCACUGUGCUUUGGAGAAUCGGCCAUAUGCUCGCUGGAUGCAGUACCUACGUGAAGGACACACUGUGUGCGUUGCCUGCCAGGCUCCAGCUAUGAACAUCGACACGCAUCGCUGUGCUGGGGAUGGCCAUAAUGCAGAUGGAGGUAAAAUCUUACACUGGGAAGCAGUUGGCAACUCUCAGUGCCAAGGAACCUGGAAGAAGAUUCGGCAACUGGAACACUGUUCAUGUCCCCUGGUGCAUAGCUUUAUUUUUACAUAAAAGUUUAAAAGACCUUUAAAACAGCAACAACAAAAAGAUUGAGAAUAUUAACAUCAAUGCCAAGAAAUCUACAUCUUUAUGCUGCAUUUUCUGGAGCCUAAACAAAUUUUAAAGGAGUCAGAACUUUAGAAGAAGCAUUUUGGGAAACUCUCUCUGCCUUAAUACAAAAUGCUAAGACUGAUUUUCUAUUAGAACACUAGAAGCAUGUUUCCAUGUUUCUCUUUGGUAAUUAAGAGCUAAUAUUUCUAAUCAUAGUGGUUGCUUUUCCUGAAGUUCGCAUUCUCUACUGGCCACAGCCCUGUCUACAGGCACUGCUCCUACUCAGUAGCAAGCCAGCCAAACAUUCUCAAGUCUGAUGAUAGUUACUGUCAUCACUGAAUAGCAAGAGUAAAUAAAAAUGAAAGUUUGAGUGUUAAAACCAGAUUUCAGUUUAGAUCCUUGAUUCCUUCCCAGCAUCAUCUAGACAGUUGUUUAUACUACAAGUGCGUAAGUAUUCUUCCUCUACAUUUCAGUUCUCAUGUUCACCCACCUUCAUAGGUGACUCCACAGUCAGUGUUAAGGAAGUAGACUUCCCAGAACUUCAUGUCACUAUUACACAUGAGCAUUUUUAACUAGUAAUAAGGAACUUUUUUAAUAUUAGCCAAGGUUCAUCUGCCAUAAAGUUCACACUAUGUAUUAGGCUUCACAUUAAAGUCAUCACCUGAACAACUUUGCUUACAUAAAUGUUUUAUACCUAUUACUAUUCUGUUUCACGUUUUAGGACAACAACACUGCUGGACACUUUGAGACUAAAAUAAGUUGUUAUUCUGGAAAGCUAGGCUAGGUCAAUCCUGCACAAUGUUCUCCAUCGGUCUUUUAACAUGACACUUGUUCGGUUGUCGAAGUUACCAUGGGCCAAAAUUUUAGCCCAGUUACCCACUCCGAACAUCUUUACUCCUGAUUUCAGUUCCAAGUCUUCUUUGUAAGUCCAUCGCUAGGGGAAGAACAGAGAAAAAUACUGGAUAUGUGAACAGAGAAAGCUAUUAAUGUAAAAGCUAACCUUACAGCAAACAUAAAAGCAAGUUUUCAUACUGCUCUCUAGUUAUUACAGAGUACAGGUGUCAGAGGGUGUUUGUUUUCAAACUUGAAUCUGAAUCUUGAAACUAAAUACAACAACAAAGGUUAUCAAGUCAAGUUUUACAACACAUUAGCAGAUAUCACCUGGAAAGAGAACAGCAUGCUUCAA